AUGGCAACUUCUGUCUUUGUUUCUGGAGCCACUGGCUUCAUUGCCCAACACAUUGUUAAGCUUCUUCUUUCAAAAAGUUACAACGUCGUUGGUUCAGUGAGAUCCGCCGAAAAAGGCGAUCAUUUGAAAAAAAUAUUUGCUUCUGAUGCUUUCUCUUAUGAAAUUGUUCCUGACGUCGAGCCUGCUGGUGCAUUUGAUGAGGCCUUGAAAAGACACCCGGAGGUGACCGUGUUCUUACAUACUGCGUCUCCCUUCCAUUUCAAAGCCACAAAUGUAGAGGAAGAGUUGCUCAAGCCCGCUGUCAACGGAACAAAAAACGCAUUGGGCGCCAUCAAAGCCUUUGGCCCACAGAUCGGAAAAGUCGUGGUGACUUCUUCGUUUGCCGCUGUUGCCACUGCUGAGCUCCUCGCUGAUCCGACUUACACUAGCUCUGAGGAUACCUGGAACGACAUUUCUUGGGAGGAUGCCAAGAAAAGCCCUCAGAUGGGCUACAGAGGGUCAAAGAAGUUUGCAGAAAAGGCUGCGUGGGACUUUAUGGCUACUGAAAACCCGGCAUUCACCAUCAAUUACGUGAAUCCGCUGUUUGUUUUCGGCCCUCAGGCUUUCGCCUCAGAGAUCAAAAAUGAGCUCAACACCUCUUCUGAAUUCAUCAAUGCUUUCUUGAAAAUGAAUGGGGAUGGAGAAAUCCCUUCUUUCAAAGGCGGGUUUGUUGAUGUGAGAGAUGUUGCAAAAGCUCAUCUAGUUGCCUUCGAAAAGGACUUGUCCAACCAGCGCUUAUUGUUGAACUAUGAUAGAGUUACUGGCCAAGAUAUCGCUGAUGUACUCAAUGAGAAUUUCCCUUUCUUGAGAGGGAAAAUUCCAGUUGGAAAUCCCGGCGAGGGCAAAAAGAUCGCAGCUGGCAUGUGCAAGAUUGACAAUGAAAAAACCAAAAAGAUCCUCGGAUUUCCGUUGAUUGAUUUGAAGAAGAGCGUGGUUGAUUCUGUCGAGCAGAUCCUUCAGACCAAGGCCUCUUCUGCUGGAGAAGAUUUAUCUAGCUCCUUGUGA